AUGAGCGACCAUAUCAACACCGACAAUAAUGCACUUCACUCUCUCUCACCUGAAGAGGUGGCCACCCUUAGGGCUCUGGUCAACUCUCACAUCUCCCAACCUACCACCACUCCCACUCCCACCACUAUCGACGUACCACGCACGCAACUGCUGGUCAUCUCUGAGGAAGUCCAAGAGCUCAUCCCAGCCAUCUCUGGACAACAUUUCUUCUUUCCUCCUGCCGAUCCCGACGAGGACACCAUCUCUCCUGACGAUUUGCACUUCCCUAAGAACCCUCACCAGCAGUAUACUGCCCCGGGCUGGGAUCUUCCCUUCCCUGUCGACCGGUCUUCACCUUAUUACCAUCAGGAACAAACUCUGGUCAGGAUUAUCGAACGCCAAGCUCAGUCCACUCAGCCCCUCGACGACUUUGCCAUCGAUUUUUUCGCCAACGUCACUGACCCCACUGCAAGGCAAACAGUGGCAGACUUUAUCCAAAUCAUGCGCAGUAAUUUGGCCAACAACGCCAGAGAAGUACAAGAGCUUCGCAACAACAACUAUCUCCGCGCCAAGGGACUCCAGCCUGUACCGGAGAAGAAGAAAGGCGUCAAACCUCAAAUGUGA